AUGCACAGCUACUACUUUGACCCCAUGGCCGACACCGAUAUGGCCAUCCCCCAGGGUGCCCCAGUCGACAACUUUGAAGAGCUCUUCAAUUUUGACGAGUUUGAGUCUGCCGGCGAGUCUUCUACCCACGGCAACUCUCCCUCGACUGCUUCUCCCAAUGCCACCCCCUCUCCCAUCUUUGGCCACGAGCCGCAGCUCCGCAAUGACGGUGGCAACAGCUAUGGGUUUGACCAAGACCUCCUCGAUCCCGCUCUCGAUCCCGACUACCCUGUCGGCCUUUCACUAGGCGAGACCAAAGUCCAGCCACCGGCGGCGGCGCUCGACCUGGGUCUCGAUCAGGUCAAGCAAGAACCCCUCGACUUCUCCAUUCUUGAUAACGGACCAUCUCCCUCUACGUCAGCCCCGCUUGCGCCUCUUACCACGCCCAUGGCUUUCCCCGGCUUUCCUGCCGACCAGCAAGCUGCGCUUCAGCAGUUGAUGGAGGGCAUGAUUGCGUACCAGAAGAGAUUCCCUGGUGCGGCGGGCGGGUCGAGCGAGACAUUGACGGUGGAGCCGUCGAUGCUCAAUGCGCCAUCACCCGCAUCCGACAGUCAGCUUGCGAGCCAGCCGGCUCAGCAGGUUGCAGUCGCUGGCUCAAGUUCUGCGCCUGCUACAGUGCAAACGUCUCCUGCGCCUACCUCUGCGUCGAGUUCCGCCCCGCUUCCCACCACUCAGAACCCUCCCCACUCCCCGCUUCGCUCCCUCUCACCUAUCCCCGAAUCUCGCAACGCCCGCGCAACGUCCACACAAUCCGCUUCCACCUCUUACGAAUCGCUCUCUAUCGAUUCGCGUAUUGACGCCCUCCCUCCUCUUUCUGCCAUCUUCUCCGCAGGAAAAGGCAAGGGCGGUAAGAAGGGCGGUGGUCUGUCGAGUGUCGUGAGAGAAGAUGGGGAGGAUAUGGAUGAUGAUGACAGCUGGAGGCCGAGUCCGGAAGAGUACAAAAAGUUGUCGAGUAAGGAGAAGAGGCAGUUACGGAACAAGCUUAGUGCGAGGGCGUUUAGGACGAGGAGGAAGGAUUACAUUGGGACGUUGGAGGGGCAUAUCAAGGAUAGGGAUAUGGUGAUUGAUGAUAUCAGGGGCGAGUUGACGACUGCCAAGAAUGAGAACCAGGACCUCAGGCGUGAAUUGGAAGCUCUCAAGGCCAGCACUAUGGCCAUCCUCCACCCCGAGACUGCCACCCCAGCUCCUGCUCCUCCACCUCUUGUUCGCCGCCCCACUUCCAACCAGAUCAACACUUACAACCCCCGCAAAGAUCUACCUCCGUCCCUCAAGAAGGGCGGGUGGAACAACGACAAUAUGUUUGGCGGCGGCCCUACGGUCUGCCAUACCAUGUUUACCCCCGACUUGGUCUUGCCGCCAGCCGAGACGAGCACCAAUGUCAACAACCCGAAGAAGCUGAGGUCGUUUGCGGACAUCCCGAGGACAAACAUGAACCCUCUCCUCAACUCGCCUCCUUCCUCUCCAAAGUUGCGCCCUCUCCCCGCGCACCAGACCCAAACGCCCUUCCCUCAACCUCUCUCCCACCCCGCUCCAUCUCUUCCCUCAUCCACAUCCACCUCGCUCCCCUUCCCUGACUGGGCCGACCAAACCCCAUACAACGCCCGCGUCACCGACCUCUACCGCAUGCAGCUCUGGAGCCGCCUCACCCGCGAAGCUGCUAUGGACAAGCAAGGUCUCGACAAGGGUCUCCGACCCAAAUUCUGGGUCGAAGGGCCCAAGAAGGAGGUAAAGAAGGAAGAUGUGGAAAAGGUUGCUAUGGCGGCGCAGAACCAUAUCACGUCGAAACUUGCUACCAGCUUUUGGUCGGCCUUUUCUUCUGGGCCGUCGGGAGGGUUAGAUAGCGACAAGUUGUCGGCCGUGGUGACUGGUGAAGCUAGACUCAGCGUCAUCCCCAUCGCCUCUGAAUCUCCCUCUUCAUCCUCGCCGUUGUCUCCCAAAUCAGCACUCUCAUCGCUUUCGUCAGAAGAUGAUAAUCUGGCGAGUUUGAUGGGCGGGUUGAAGAUGCAGUCUGGGCCCGGUUUGGCUGGGGCGGGCGCAGGUGCAGCGGGCGCGAGGGGCGAUCCGUUAGGGACUCUUUGUGGCUUUUUGAGCCUGAGGGGAGGGUGUUGCCCUACACGGGUCUAA